ACCCAGGUUUAGCAUACAUUUCAACAACAACUUGAACAGUUUCGCGACACUAUGGGGCUUCACUACAACAUGAUUUGACGAUAUGAGCUCCUCGGAUCACUUUGAGUUGCCUACCCCGGACGGACCCCGCAACCGCUGACUCCGUGUUCGGCAAGUGAGCGCGUUACCACCAACACCGUCUUUUCAACUCGGUAGCCGACUAGCCGUUAUUAGUCUAUGCCGACGUUCAAGCACACGGUGAACACCGAUCGAUGAAAUGACAGUGAUCGCGUCCAAGCUACGCGAUUACUUCUCGUCAGCUUGGCGGAGUGACCCGGCCGAGCGUAAGCUCGUCCGGAAAAUUGACUUCUUCAUCUUGACCUUUUGCUGUCUGAGCUACUUUCUUAACUACCUUGACCGCACAAACUUGGCCAAUGCAUAUGUUUCGGGCAUGAAGGAAGACCUGGGCUUCCAGGGAGACCAGCUAAAUCAAAUCAAUACUUGUUUCACCGUUGGCUACGUCCUCGGUCAGAUCCCUUCCAACCUAAGCCUCCAUUAUGUCAAGCCGCGCUACUUCUUCCCGGCCAUGAUGGUCAUCUGGGCGGGGCUCACCAUGGUCACGGCGUCCGUCCACACUCCUCAGGCCAUCAUGGCCAUCCGCUUCUUCCAGGGCAUCGCCGAGGCCACCACGUUCGUCGGGACGCACUACAUACUGGGGUCGUGGUACACCGAGCGCGAGCUGGGCAAGCGCAGCGGCAUCUUCACCGCAUCCGGGCUCGCCGGCACCAUGAUCGGCGGCUUCAUCCAGAGCGGCAUCUACACGAGCAUGGACAACCGGCACGGCCUGCGCGGCUGGCGCUGGCUGUUCCUCAUCGACGGCAUCGUCACCCUACCCGUAGCCCUCUACGGCUUCCUCCUCUUCCCCGACACCCCCAGCACGACCACCGCCCCGUAUCUCACCCUCACCGAGCGCCGCCUCGCCGUCUCCCGCCUCCAAUCCACCGACCACCUCCUCGAACCAGAACCCGAACCAGACCCCGAGCACGACCCCACCACCACCACAACCCCCCCACACGAGAAACCCCCACCCACCUCCCCCUUAACCUGGACCUUUGCCAAACGCGUCCUGGCCUCCCACGAGUGGUGGGGCUUCGUGAUCCUGUGGGUCAUCGCCGGCGAGACGGAGUCCUUCUCCUCCAACGCGCUGCUGGCCCUCUUCAUGAAGAGCUCGCCCUCUCGGACUGCCGCGCCCUACACCGUCCGCCAGCUCAACGACUACCCGACGGGCGUGCCCGCCGUGGGGAUCGUGUCCACGCUCUUCUGGGCCGCGCUGACGGAUUUCUUGGGCGGGAAGCGCUAUCUGGUGGGGUAUUUUAUCGGGGUUACGGGGGUGGUGACGAGCGCGAUGAUCCUGGCGGCGCAGAAGGGCGGGGAUCCCGGGGGGGAGGGCGCCACGGCGGUGGUGUUUGGCGCGUAUUAUUGGGCGGGGGCCGUGUAUGCCUGCCAGGCGACCUUCUUUGCGUGGGCGAAUGAUGCUACGAGGCACAGGGAGCCGGUGUUUCGGUCGGUGGUGCUGGCGGGCAUGAAUCUGGGGAAUAAUGCUGUGAAUGCGUGGUGGAGUAUUGUGUUUUAUGGCGCGAGCAUGGCGCCGUGGUUUGAGAGGGGGAUGUACGCCAUGAUUGCCACGUCGGUGGCUUUGGCGAUGUGGACCGCUGGUCUGUCGUACGUGACGUCGAGGGCCGAGAAACAGCGGCGUCUGGGUCGCUGGGAAAGCCCUUCCCGUGAGGAGGCAGGUCCCGUAGAGAAGGCGGGGAGGGCAGGGGAGUCCGGGUAGAUAUCCGAACAUAUGUUCGGGGAAAUGUAAGUGGGAGGCGCUACGGCUGUGAGAUCCUGGGGCAAUACAAACAACGAGGGAAAGCCGCGAGAUAUCCGCGAGUUACAUACGCUAGACAUC